AUGUACUUCCGGUGAGCGCCCACGUGAUUUUACGCUCACGCCCCAGUCACUCUUAUGAAACGAAAAAAAGGUUUAUAAGCUCUUUUCUGGACAUUGUAACAUUAUUUUCCUCGUUUUUUCCUUUACAUUCAACUCAGAGAGCAAAGAACACAACAUGUCCAUUUACAGGAACGCCGUUUGGUUCAUGAAAGGACUUCAAGAGUACACGAAGAGUGGCUAUGAAGCUGCAGCAAAGCAUUUUGUCCCCAGUGACCUGGAUGUUAACCUGAGUGGGAGGUCCUUCAUGGUCACAGGAGCAAACAGUGGGAUCGGGAAAGCUGCAGCACAGGAAAUUGCCAUCAGAGGGGGGACUGUGCACUUGGUGUGUCGAAAUAAAGGACGAGCAGAGGCUGCCAAAGAUGAAAUUGUGGAGCGGAGUAAAAAUGAGAAUGUUCAUGUUCACAUUGUUGACAUGUCCAGUGCUAAACAAGUGUGGGAGUUUGCACAGAACUUCUCACAGAACAACAAAAUCCAUGUUCUGAUCAAUAAUGCUGGGUGUAUGGUCAACCAGAGGGAGCUUACAGACGAAGGUUUAGAGAAAAACUUUGCUACUAACACCCUCGGAACAUACAUCCUCACCACAGCACUCAUUCCUUCACUAAAGGAAGUCGAGGACCCAAGAGUGAUCACGGUGUCAUCCGGCGGCAUGCUCACUCAGAAGCUGAACAUGGACGACCUUCAGUUUGAGAAGGGCACGUUUGACGGCACCAUGGCUUACGCUCAGAAUAAAAGGCAGCAGGUGACUCUGACGGAGAAAUGGGCUGCUCAACACAAAGACAUCCACUUCUCCUCCAUGCACCCUGGUUGGGCCGACACACCAGCGGUCCAGUCCUCCAUGCCUUCGUUUCAUGCUAAGAUGCAAUCAAAGCUGAGGACGGAGGCCAUGGGCGCUGACACUGUGGUGUGGCUCGCUGUUUCUGCUGCCGCCAUCAAACAACCAAGUGGACUCUUCUUCCAAGACCGCAAACCCGUGCCGACACAUCUGCCCCUCGCCUGGUCCCGCCCCUCCACACAGGACGAGGACAAGCUUCUGGCAGCACUACAGGAAAUGGCCCUCAAGUUCAAGCCUUGAAAUCUUUCUUCCUGUUGUAAUGAAACACUCCUCAAUCAUCUAUAUAUGUUUACAUUAUCUUACAUUUUUUUCAGCAACAUAAUGUGACUGAAACCUCGACAGCAAGCUACAGUAUAUAAAAUGUUAUUAUUGUGUAAUAAAUUUAUUUUUUUCUAAAUUUUAUUUAAUUUCUAUCUGAAGGAAACAUUAAAUACACUAAUCAUCUAAAAAUAA